AUGGCAUCUUCUUCGUCGUCGUCUUCGUUCAAGAAAAUCAAACCUCCGCCAACUAAUGGAAAUUUAAUCACCAUUCUUAGCAUCGAUGGAGGUGGCAUCCGUGGAAUUAUUCCCGCCAAGAUUCUUGAAUUUCUUGAAUCCGAACUCCAGAUAUUGGAUGGCGAAAAUGCUCGAAUUGCAGAUUACUUUGAUGUUAUUGCGGGAGCAAGUACGGGUGGGUUUGUGACAGGCAUGCUGACGGCUCCGGAUGCUAAUAAUCGUCCGUUGUAUGCUGCUAAAGAUGUUACUCCGUUUUACGUGACGAACGGGCCCAAAAUAUUCCCACAGUCGAUGGGUUGUGUAGGAUCAAUCGGAAGCCUACUUACUCGAUUAGGAGGGCCAAAGUACAAUGGAAAGUACUUGCACAAGUUGAUAAGGGAUAAUUUAGGGCAAACUAGGUUGACUCAUACCUUAACAAAUGUUGUGAUUCCCACCUUUGAUAUCAAGAAUAUGCAGCCAACUAUCUUCUCUUCUUAUGAGGUAAAGAAUUUGGGAUAUAUGGACGCACUGUUAUCAGAUAUAUGCAUCGGCACGUCGGCGGCACCGACAUAUUUACCGGCAUAUCAUUUCACAAACGCUGAUGCCUCCGGCAAAUCUUGGGACUUCAAUCUUAUUGAUGGCGGUGUAGCUGCUAAUAACCCGACACUGGUUGCAGUAAGAGAAGUGACGAAAGAAAUAUGGAGAAAGAAUCCAGAUUUCGUGAACAUUCAGCCAUUCGACUGCAGCAGAUUACUUGUAAUAUCACUGGGCACAGGCUCUGCUAAACAAGAAGAGAAAUACACAGCAGAAAUGGCGGCAAAAUGGGGAAUUCUCGACUGGUUAAUUCAUGCAAAUUCAACUCCUAUUAUCGACGUCUUCAGUCAGUCUAAUCAGGAUAUGGUGGAUUACUUCUUAUCCGUCGUUUUCCAGGCCCUUCAAUCCCAGGAUAAUUAUAUCCGUAUCCAAGUACUAACUAAUUAA